UGUGCCCCAACUGAACAUACCUAACUCCAUGAAACUCUACCAUGUCCGUCCAAUUUUCCGUCAACAAUUCCGUUACUUCGCCACCAAAUACAGCGGCAGAGUCGUCGUCGAAACCCAAAACGGCCGUUCAUUCGCCGUCGAAGUUGACACCCCUACUCUCCAAACCGACACACGUGGCUACGCUCUACCUCGCCGUGACCUAAUAUGUAAAAUCUCCCAAAUCUUCAAAUCACCACCCUCCACGUCGUCAGACCCUUUCCUUGACCUAACAGACUACCUCGAAACCCUAACCCUCACCCUAACCCCAUCCGAAGUAUCCGAAAUACUCAAAUCCCUAAAAUCACCCACCCUAGCUCUGCGCUUUUUCCGAUUUUGCCCCUCUGAAAUACCUAAAUUCAAACAUGACUGUUUUACUUAUAAUCGUAUCUUUCUUAUACUCUCUAAAUCGAAUAUUCCGACUAAACUCGAUUGUGUUAAUGAGAUUGUUGAUGAAAUGGAAAGGUUUGGUAUUAAGGGAAAUAUAUCUACGGUUAAUCUUCUUAUUGGAAUAUGUGGUUUUGAGCUAAGGAGGUGUUUGGAGUUGGUUAAAAAAUGGGAUUUGAGGUUGAAUUGUUAUAGUUAUAAGUGUCUUUUACAAGCUUAUAUUAGAUUGAGUGAUUCCAGUAAGGCGUUGCAAGUUUAUGGAGAAAUGAGGAGGCGUGGGUAUAGAUUGGAUAUAUUUGCGUAUAAUAUGCUUCUUGAUGCUCUUGCUAGAGACCAAAAGGUUGAUCAGGCCCACAAGGUUUUCGAGGACAUGAAGAAGUGGCACUGCGAACCUGAUGAAUACACAUAUACCAUUCUGAUCAGAAUGACUGGGAAAUUAGGGAUGCCCAGUGAAUCAUUGUCUUUCUUUCAGGAAAUGCUGUCGAAGGGUAUUUCACCAAAUUUAAUGGCUUAUAAUACUAUGAUCGAAGCUCUUGCCAAAGGCCGCAUGGUUGAUAAGAGUAUCUUUGUCUUCUCUAAGAUGGUUGAGAAUAGUUGCCGGCCAAAUGAAUUUACUUACAGUAUUAUUUUAAAUGUAUUGGCCGCAGAAGGGCAACUUGGAAGACUUGAUGAAGUUGUGGAAAUAUCUAAGAGAUACAUGAAUAAAUCAAUAUACGCAUACCUGGUUAGAACGUUGAGUAAACUAGGCCAUGCAAGCGAAGCUCACAGGCUGUUUUGCAAUAUGUGGAGCUUCCAUGAUAGAGGAGAUCGCGAUGCUUACUUAUCCAUGUUAGAGAGCUUAUGCAGCGCUAAGAAAGUAACUGAGGCUAUUGACUUGCUGAAUAAGAUGAAUGAAAAGGGAGUAAAAGCAGAUACCUUCAUGUAUAAUACUGUCUUCUCUGCCCUUGGGAAAUUGAAGCAGAUUUCUCAUCUUCAUGAUCUCUAUGAGAAGAUGAAACAGGAUGGCCCCUCACCGGACAUAUUUACUUAUAACAUUUUGAUCUCUAGCUUUGGUAGAGCAGGGGAGGUCGCGGAAGCUCUCAAGAUUUUUGAAGAACUUGAGAAUAGCAAUUGUACACCUGAUAUUGUCUCCUACAACUCCUUAAUAAAUUGUUUGGGGAAGAAUGGUGGCAUUGAUGAAGCACACAUGAAAUUCAUCGAGAUGCAGGAAAAGGGCUUUAAUCCUGAUGUUGUAACAUACAGCACUCUCAUUGAGUGCUUUGGGAAGACUGAAAAAGUUGAGAUGGCACGUUGGCUGUUUGAUGAAAUGCUUGCAGAUGGUUGUUAUCCUAACAUAGUGACAUACAAUAUCCUACUUGACUGUCUCGAGAGAAGUGGGAGAACAUCAGAAGCUGUUAGUUUAUACGUGAAAUUGAAGGAACAAGGUUUGACAGCUGAUUCAAUCACAUAUACCAUCCUUGAACGUUUACAGAGUGGUUCUCAUAGAACAUCUAGAGUUCGCAGACAAAAUCCAAUCACCGGUUGGGUGGUUAGCCCAUUAAGGUGACAGGAAAAAAAUUGCGCAUUUAAACGAUUUUACCAUUCAGCUGUGCUUUCGCUGGGGACAGGAUGGUGCUAAGCAACAUGACAUUGAAUUUAUGUUGAGAACUCCGAUGAUAAGGAAUUAAGCUGCCUCGAAGACUGACCUGCUGUAGAAGACUUGACUUAUUUCUAAUGUGAAAGUAGUUACAAGAUCUGAUCUUUGUCAGAGAGGCAACUGUAUAUUGGUGCUUAUUUACAAAAUGCAACUUUGGUUAAAUGGUCUACUUCUAGAGUUUUUUUAAUGUUCAAAGUCCUCUGGCCAUUGUAACCGCUCCAGAUGAAGGCUUUUAGAGAUUGGAGUCUGGAAACCUUUACCUUAUCAAGAAAAAAGAAAAAAAGACUGGAGUCUGGAAUCAUCAAACUGGCACUAAUCACCCAUCUUGACAGAGUUGAGGGGGAAAGUGAGUAGAAGACAGAGGUUGGGCCAAGUGGGAAAAUGCUUAUUUCUAGAACUGGGAUUGUUUCUGGAAAUCAAAUAUUUAACUGAACUGAUCACCUGUCAUGACACAGUUGGGGAGAAAAGUGAACAGAAGACGGGAAGAAGUUGGGCAGGUGGGAAGCUAUUUAUUUCUAGCAACUAAGACAGUUUCUGGAAAUUAUCUAUUUAUCUCCUGUCUCCGAUGUUGUUGAUGGAUUUAUCAUAUUGUGGGUGCUAGGAAAAUUCUUCUGCAUCAAUAGUAUAACUAUCCUCAAGAUAAAGUCCGUUCGGAGGAAGCGCUCCUUGCCAAGAAUUUUUCGAUAUCCAGGGCUCGAACCCGAGACCUCGAGGAGCAGCAACAUCCGCUGCACCUUGGCGGUACAAUUACGUUCAUUAGUAUUUCUUUUGUGAUAAUGGGAGAGGACUUGGUAUGACUAUGUAUUUUAGUGGGGGACACAAUGCAGAUGCCUUUGCUGUUUAAUAUCAACUAUGAAUGAAAUCGUUAACUCUGCA